AUGCAUUUAAAUAUUCAAAGUCUCAAGCCUAAAAUUGACAUUUUAGAAAUAGAAGCUCAGCCUUACGAUAUUCUUAUCUUCACAGAAUCCUGGCUAUCUCCUGCAACAUCAAAUGACGAUCUUCUUAUACCUAACUUUCAAACACCGUUUCGCUGUGAUCGUAAUGAUCGCAUAGGUGGAGGAGUCACUAUCUACAUUCGAGAUGGCCUUCUCGCCAAACAUCGUGACGACCUUUCUGUUGCUGGAAUAGAGGCUCUCUGGCUUGAAAUAAAUUUCAGACAUCGUGUCAUCAUUGUAGGAGGCAUCUAUCGUCCUCCGGAUUCAAAUAAUCAGCAAUGGCUUCUUCUUGAACAGUCCAUAGACCAAGCUUUUAACCAACCUUGUGAUAAUAUCCUAGUUGCUGAAAACACUGACCUUAACAAAGCCACUGAAGACAUCACACACGCAAUAUUAACUGCAGCACUACAAUCAAUUCCAAAUAAAACAGUCACAAUAAGACCAAACGACAUUCCUUGGCUAAAUAACACGAUAAGAAAGGCUAUUAGGAAGCGCAAGAAGUUACACAAAACAGCAAAACGACUUAACACUGAACAAGCUUGGACAAUGUUUAAAACAAUACGUAACGAGGUUACAAAACUAAUACGAAUAUCAAAACAAAACUACCAAAAUAAACUCAUUGAACAAGUAAAUUCCAACACAAUAACAGCAAAACUCUGGUUCAAAACUGCUAAAAAACUAACAAAUAAAACAACAGCUCAGACAAUUCCAACGCUACAAGACCAAAAUACACAAGCAUCUACAGACCAAGAAAAGACAGAACUCCUUAACCAUUUCUUUUGCUCACAAUCCACCAUAGAUGACACUAAUGAAAUUUUGCCACCAUGCCCAUCCUCUACUACAGCUACCCUAACGAAUAUUCUUAUUACACCAACAGACGUCUCUGAUGCUAUAUCCCUCAUUGAUCCAUCUAAAGCAUGUGGUCCUGAUCUCAUCAGCCCUAAACUUCUUCGAGAAGGCUUUAUCAAAGGUGACUCUACAGUGAACCAACUGGUAUAUCUUCAUAACGACAUCUGCAAUGCUCUCGAUAACGGCAAAGAAAUUCGAGCCGUGUUCUGUGACGUUUCAAAGGCCUUCGACAGGGUGUGGGAUCGCGGACUUCUUCAUAAGCUAUCCUCUCUAGGUGUUAAGGGCUUACUUCUGGACUGGAUAACCUCAUACCUUUCCACGCGUAAGCAGCGAGUUGUGUACGCAAAUACAUUUUCCUCUUGGUCGACAAUCAACGCUGGUGUCCCGCAAGGAUCUAUUCUAGGGCCUUUGUUAUUCCUAACAUACAUUAACGACAUUGUUUCAAACAUCGGUUCUAAAAUUCGUCUUUUUGCAGAUGAUACUAGUCUUUAUAUCAUCGUAGAUGAUCCAGCUUUAGCCAGUACCACUCUGAACACUGAUCUUGAAACUAUACACUCUUGGUCCAAAGCAUGGCUUGUGACAUUCAACCCAUCAAAAACAGAAUCCAUGAUCUUUUCAAGGAAACUCUACAAACCCAAUCAUCCUCAAUUAAAUAUGAACAAUAUACCAAUCACUGAAGUGACUGAACACAAACAUCUCGGUCUCACCUUUUCCUCGGAUCUAAAAUGGUCCUCACAUAUAUCUAUUACUUUGAAAAAAGCUUGGCAACGAAUUGGAAUAAUGAGAUCCCUUAAAUUUCUAUUAAAUCGACAAAGUCUCGAACGAAUGUACUUUUCAUUUAUUCGUCCAAUCCUGGAAUAUUCUGAUGUUGUUUGGGACAACUGUACAGAAGCUCUUAAGAAUGAAAUCGAGGCCGUCCAGAACGAGGCUGCACGUAUAGUCACCGGUGCCACUAAACUCUGUAACAUCCAGAAACUCUUAUUCGAUCUCGGUUGGGAACCUCUGACAGAACGACGAAAAAAACAUCGCCUUGUUUUGUUCUAUAAAAUGGUCAAUGGUCUAUCACCCGCCUACCUGUCUUCACUAAUUCCUGAAAACCAACAUAAUAUCAAUACUAGAUUUAAUCAAAGAAACAUCAGAAAUAUCCUUUGCCAGUCACAUUCAUACAAAUCUUCCUUUCUUCCUAAGACAAUAAACGACUGGAACUUACUUCCUCAACAUAUCAAAUUAUCUCCUUCAGUCAAUGCCUUCAAAUCAAAUCUGAAUAAAAACCUACCGAAAUCAAAUCCUUUAUUUAAUGCUGGAUCCAGAAAAGGCCAAAUUCUUCAUGCUCGAUUACGUCUAGGCUGUAGCUCCCUUAACUAUGACCUCAACCGCCGAGGAAUCACAAACACCGCUAGAUGUGAUUGUGGUGAGAUAGAAACUGUCGACCAUUAUCUGCUCCAUUGUCGAAAAUACCAAAAUCUUCGAACUGACAUAUUUUCCAAUCUCCAAUGCGCUCUAACUCUUAACAAUCUACUGUAUGGUGAUGAACAUCUAUCUUAUCAACAUAAUAUUUCCCUAUUCACUGACGUUCAACGAUUUAUCAUCUCAACAAAUAGAUUCAGUACAUAA